AUGUUUCUUACGGUGUACCUUAGUAACAAUGAACAACACUUCACUGAGGUGCCAGUUACACCUGAAACCACAUGCAGAGAUGUAGUGGAGCUGUGUAAGGAGCCGGGUGAGAGCGACUGUCACCUGGCUGAAGUAUGGUGUGGCUCAGAGCGCCCUGUAGCUGAUAAUGAGCGGAUGCUGGAUAUUCUUCAACGCUGUGGAGUCCAGAGAAGUGAGGUUCGUUUUUUCCUUCGUCACGAACGUGCUCCAAACCGCGAAACAGGGACUGGUCAGAGGUCUCAGGACCCGAGUCUAAAGAGGAAUGGUGUAAAAAUGCCUGGUGAUCGAAGAAUAGAGAAUGGAGUCAGCACCCCCAGAAUGGAUAUGACUCUAGCUGAACUACAGGAAAUGGCCUCACGCCAACAGCAGCAGAUUGAAGCUCAACAGCAAAUGCUGGCUAACAAGGAGCAGCGUUUGAAAUUCCUGAAACAGCAGGACCAACGACAACAACAACAAGCUGCUGAACAGGAAAAGCUUAAGCGACUGAAGGAAAUAGCUGAAAAUCAGGAAGCCAAGCUGAAGAAAGUGAGAGCACUCAAAGGUCAUGUUGAGCAGAAGAGACUUAGCAAUGGCAAACUAGUGGAAGAAAUCGAACAGAUGAACAGUUUGUUCCAGCAGAAGCAGCGAGAGCUGGUACUGGCUGUGUCAAAGGUAGAGGAACUUACCAGACAACUGGAGAUGCUGAAGAAUGGCCGAAUUGAUGGUUACCAUGACAACCAGUCAGCUGUUGCUGAGCUUGACCGGCUGUACAAGGAGCUGCAGCUGAGGAACAAACUGAACCAGGAGCAGAAUGCCAAGCUGCAGCAACAGAGGGAGUGUUUAAACAAGCGCAACUCUGAGGUGGCAGUCAUGGAUAAACGUGUUAAUGAGCUGAGAGAGCGCCUGUGGAAAAAGAAGGCAGCACUGCAGCAGAAGGAAAAUGUACCAAUUUCCUCAGAUGGGAAUUCACCUCAGCAAGUGGUAUCCCCUCCCAGUCGAGUGGCAGCAGUAGGUCCAUAUAUCCAGUCCUCCACUAUGCCACGCGUUGCCUCCAGGCCUGAACUUCUGGUGAAACCUGCAUUUCCAGACAGCACCUCAAACUUGCAGGCACCUGAUGGUCCACUGAAGACACAAACACUACCAAACAUGAGAGCUGGGAGUGUCUUGCAAGCAAAAGCACCUGGUGGUCCUACAAUCCCAGGUUCAAAGCCUCUACCAUCUGUUUCUGACUGGAGCAAUUCAAAUGCAGAUGGCCUUGCUAGUCAAGUACCAGCCUCCAUGUUGGCCAAAGGAAAUAUGACCAAUGAAGGGCAAUUUGGUGAUGGAGAAACUCCACUGCGAGAAAAGGAGAAGAAGGUGCGUCCUUUCUCAAUGUUUGACUCGGUGGAUCAGUCUGCUGGUGUAUCAACCCUGGGCCCACUUAGGAAAAAUCAGAGCAGUGAAGAUCUCUUGCGUGAUGCUCAGACUCCCAAUAAGAAUGUGACAAAAGUACCACCGCCUGUUCCCACUAAACCAAAGCAGAUCAACUUGCCUUACUUUGGUCAAGCCAGUCAGCUGCCGCUUUCAGAGACUAAGCCUGAUGGAAAUCCACAGAAGCUGCCUUUGGCUGUUGUAUCCAUGGGGAACAAACCGAAACCACCAGCACAGCAGCCACCGCAUUCUUCUCAGCAGAUCCAGCAGAGAAUCUCUGUGCCUCCAAGUGGACCCUCCACUAGCCAGGACCAAAUUCUUUCCUCAUCUAAACAGGAGAGUCCACCUGCAGCAGCUGUGAGACCAUUCACCCCUCAGCCAUCCAAAGAGACCCCCCUUCAACCCUUUCGAAAGCCACAGAUCGUUGCUGCGAGUUCAAUAUACAGCAUGUAUACACAGCAGCAGACUCCUGGGAAGAACUUCCAGCAGGCAGUGCAGAGUGCCUUGACCAGGGCACAGACCAGAGCAUCGCACUUUCCUAGUGUGUAUGGCAAGCCUGUGAUGGCUGGACCUGGUGCACAAAAUCAGCCACAGCAGACUGAGAACAUCUAUUCAGCCAGCCAGAGCAAGCCAGGCAGUCCAGAGCCUGAAACGGAAACAACGUCUGCUGCUCUUGAAAACCAUGAAACAGAAAGAAUUCCCCGCCCACUCAGCCCCACCAAACUGCUGCCCUUCUUGUCCAACCCUUACCGAAAUCAGAGUGAUGCUGACUUGGAGGCCCUGAGGAAGAAGCUAUCUAAUGCACCAAGGCCAUUGAAGAAGCGUAGCUCCAUUACUGAGCCAGAAGGUCCAAAUGGGCCUAAUAUUCAGAAGCUUUUGUAUCAGAGAACUACUCUGGCUGCCAUGGAGACCAUCUGUACCCCAUCACACCCUUCUAAGCAAAACACAGUUGUGGUUAGUCCUGAAAGCCCAACAGAAAUCCAGAACCCUUAUCUCAGCACGGAAUUGGAGAAAGAAGCGGUUCCUUCCACACCUGAACCGGUCAAUAUUGAGGAAACAGAAAACAAGAGCAAAGAUCAGAAUGAGGUGGCUGUGCCUUCAGCCAGCCUUGAUGCCCUGUCUGAGGGAGUGUUGGACAGCAAUGCGCUUGUGCAACCAGAAAUGGAAGAACCCAGUGUAGAGGCAUCACUGCCUCUAGAAAUAUACAUGGAGGAAUAUCCUCCAUACCCACCACCACCUUACCCAUCUGGAGAGCCGGAGGGUUUGGGGGAGGACCCAUUCAGUAUGCGACCCCCUGAAGUUACUGGCCAGUUUGCCUUACCUCCUGGGAAGAGGACAAACUUGCGUAAAACUGGCUCUGACAGGAUUGCCCAUGGAAUGAGAGUGAAAUUCAACCCUCUUGCAUUGCUCUUAGAUUCAUCCCUAGAGGGAGAAUUCGACCUUGUACAGAGGAUCAUUUAUGAGGUUGAAGAUCCUAGCAUGCCCAAUGAUGAAGGAAUUACAGCACUUCACAAUGCUGUGUGUGCUGGUCACACAGAAAUAGUGAAAUUCUUGGUGCAGUUUGGAGUGAAUGUAAAUGCUGCAGAUAGUGAUGGAUGGACACCCUUACAUUGUGCAGCAUCUUGCAAUAAUGUCCAGGUAUGCAAAUUCCUUGUGGAGUCAGGUGCUGCUGUGUUCGCCAUGACCUACAGUGACAUGCAGACGGCAGCAGACAAAUGCGAAGAGAUGGAAGAAGGCUACACCCAGUGCUCCCAAUUUCUGUAUGGUGUGCAGGAGAAAAUGGGGAUAAUGAACAAAGGGGUGAUCUAUGCCCUCUGGGAUUAUGAAGCUGAGAAGAACGAUGAGCUGUCCAUGAAAGAAGGGGACUGCAUGACUGUUUUGCGCCGGGAAGAUGAAGAUGAAAUUGAGUGGUGGUGGGCACGGCUAAAUGACAAGGAAGGAUAUGUACCACGCAACCUGCUGGGGCUGUACCCAAGGAUUAAACCAAGGCAAAGAAGUUUGGCAUGAAACUGUACAGAAUCCUGACUCAUGAAGUACUAAUUGUGGGUGACUUAUCACUUCUAUACAAGAAAUUACUCAUUUUUUGUUAGUUCCAAUUUCAUGAGACUUAUUCUACAGCAGUGUAACUUGAAAGCAAUGAAGAAUAUGCGUUGAAAACAAAUGAAGGAUUGAUGCACUCACAAAUGGAGGAGGGCAUUCUAAGUGAAAUGCUGCUUGCAAGCAAAUGGGGUUGUGCUACAAAUGAGCUAAGCGUGCCAGACGUUCAAGUCCCUCUCAGCUUUCCCAAAUGGUGUGUGCACACAGAAAUAGCAUUCCCAUUCUAUUUUUUUUUCCUGAAUGAAAUGCAACAAAUUUUUCACUUCGCCACUGGGGGAAUUGAAUUCAUGUUUACCACAGCUGACUUUUGUCCUGGUGGCAGAAAUGAUCCGAAAUACCUGCGUAGUAUCCAAAAGCACGCUGCUGUCAAGCAGAAUGUUUUGUUGAAGUUGCUGAGAUGAAGUUAUGCAGUUGAUAAAACAGUGCAUCUACCAGUGAGGAACUUUUGACCUAUUUGUUGAGCAAUAACUUUAAAAUGCAGUAGCAUCUUAGGAAUUCCAUGUAUUCAGAACAAUGUGCUAUAUUAGAGGUAAUGUAGUUUUAGAGACUCUUGUUUUUACACAAAUUCUGUAUUUAUUGUCUUUUGUAACUUUUGAAAAUUGUGUAGAAAAUUUCUGUAGACUUUACAACUCAAGCUUUGUUAUAAUCCUACCUGUUUUUAUUUUUUGUUAAUUGUGAUAAUUAAAGUUUUUUGUCUGCUUAGGCA